GACUCAUGAUAAGUAUCUUGCGCAUAUGCAAUACGCAGGAACGUUAACAGUUAUAUUUUUGAAAGUCGUCAAAACCUUGAACAUAAGUCCAAUCUUGUGCUGUUUAAAUAUAUUAUUUAUUUGGAAUAUAAAUUUAUUUUUAAUUCAAAAUUAGAAUAAUUAAUUCAAGUUAACAAUUUUGUAAUAUGCAACCAAGUAUUACAAUAAUAGUACUAUGUCAAUCUUAAUUAUUUUAUUUGGGGCUUUUACAACAAAGAAUCAAUAGUCAACAGUUACUUUAUACUUUGUUAAUUUAUGAAUUAGAAAAUAACCAUCUUAACUUAUAGAUUUAUUGAUAACAUAAUGGCUAGUCAACUUCAAGGAGUAGAUUGCAAAAAUAAAAAGAUUGUUUUGAAAAUAAUAUCAGGUCAUGGAUUUGCUUUAAUCAAUGGAAAUAUUGUUAUGCAUGCAACUUUAAUGAACAACUUGCAAAUUAGAAAAAUUUCCAUAAAUAACAAUGAGUUAAAUUAUGUUUCUGAUAUUAUUUGGUAUGUGGAUAAAUCUACACUAAAAAAAUUUAAAAUGUCUAAUGCUUCUAUCAGAAUUGAAUGUUUUCAUGUGCCAAUAAAUAAAUCAAGUUCUCGUGAAAAACUUGGUUAUCUUAUAUUGAAACUGAAAGGAGCACAAACUUUAAGUGCAACAUCAAAUGAUCGUGUAGAAAUAAAAUCAUAUAAAUUAAUAGGAUCAAAAAAUUGUAGUUAUAAUCUUACAAUGUCAUUAUGUAUUGAAGAUGUCAAUGUUAAAAAUAUUGACUCUAUUCCAAAAAAAAAUAAUAAGAAUUUAAAUUAUAUUGACAGUAAUUUACAAAAAGAAGAAAACAAGCAGUCUGAAGAAGAUAUUCAAAUUAAUAUUUCAAAAUCUGAUGUUUAUAUAGCAGAACAGAUAGAAAAUAUACUGGGAAGUAUUGAGCCACAAAAUUUAUUAAAUUUUGAUGGACAAGAAAAAUUAAUAGAUGAAUUAGAAGACUGGAAAGAUAAACAAAUGAUUUUAUUUAAUGAAAAGUUGAAAAUAAAAGAAGAACAAAUGUUAAAAGAAUUAAAUAAAAAAUGGUUAGAUGACAGGAAGCGUAUUGAAGAAGAACUGAAUCUUGAGAUAUCAAAAUGUAGAGCAUUAACUGAAAAUAUGGACAAAAUUACUGAUAUGUUAGUGGAAAGAGAAUCUAUAAUUACAGCUAAAGAACUAGAAUUGACUUGUGAAAAAGAUAGUAUGGAAAAUAAAUACAUCAGUUUAGUAACAAAUUUACAGUACACCAAUGUAAAAAUUAUUAAUGAACUCAAAAGUAAAAAUGUUGAAUUGGAAUCUAGAUUGUCUGAUUUUGAAAAAAACAAUAUUUUGUUAAAAAAGGAAAAUGAACAACUUAAAAACAAUAUCAAUUCCAGCUCUGAUUUACAAAUAGAACAAUUAGAAAAAAUCAUUUCACAUUUAGAGAGUAAAUAUGAAAAAGCUAAUGAGUCUUGUAUGUUCUUCAAAGAACGAUGGAUAACAUCUGUAAGAAAAAUUAAUCAAAUGUAUACCAAACUUCACGGAAUUGCCACUAAUGAACAUUUACUUAACAGUAGACAAAACAUUCAAAAUAUAUUAACUAACAUGUUGGGAGAACAAAAUUAUGAUUAA